CCAGAAGAAAAAUUGUGUGUGAGAGGGAGGAAAAAUUUGCAAUUCAACCUGAUGAAUUCCUCUUUUGUCUGAACAAAUUUGGGUAUCGUCUUCGAUUGGAAACUGUUUAAAGAGGAGAAAAUAGCGAUUGCAGCAGCCCGAGGAGAAAUUUUAAUUUUUUGUGCCCUAAUUUCUGACGUUUGCAUUUUCAGGAAAUCUUGUAGUAAAUGCGGAGGUUGAUUCCAUGGAAGUAGGACUUAGCGAUACUAAAGGAGGAGCAGCAGCCAUUCAGAAGGCUCAAGCGGACCUAAGACUCGAGUACGAUGUCCGCGAGGAAAGGAGGAGAGAACUGGAGUUUCUGGAGAAUGGUGGAAAUCCUUUGGAUUUUAAGUUUGGUUAUGCUACUUCACAAAGUGUCCAAUCUACAUCGCUUGCAGAUAAGAAAGUAGUAAAGAGUGGAGUCAAGGAUACUCUUCUCCGGACUGCAUCACCACCUGGUGAUUCCGUGGAGAGUAGUGGUAGACCUGGAGUUUCUGAACCCAACACAGCUGAUAAUCUCUUAUUCUUUGAUUCUGAGAAUAAGUCACUUGAAGGAGACAAAUAUCCUAAUAAAAGGAGUAGAACUUCUGAAUCCCAACGGUCUUUCAAAGUUAAUCAUUCCCUGGGUAGAAAGGAGACUGAAGAUUCUGCCAUUUUUCGCCCAUAUGCUCGUAGAAACAGAUCCAAAAUUAAUCGUGCUGGGGCACGGUCCGAGUUAGUUCAGAGUCGUGGUGGUCAUGCAACGUCUCUCUCAGUUCGCAAAGAAGCUGUUGAUGUAAAGGGUUCUGAUUCCGAAGCAGGCAAUCAUAAGACUAAACAAGUACCUUGUCCAGGCUCUGCAACAUCUAAUGGUAAUAAUACCCUUUCAAAGGGUGUACUCCCAACCAACUUGUUAGAGACAGAAAAUGAUGAAAUGGUUGUACGAGAAAGCAUUGCUACAACAGAAAACAGUCCACUUGAAGACAAGGUCAGUAACGUUUAUAGAAAAAGUUCUGUAGAUGUGGCUUCCACAGAGACUAGUGUUACUGGAGUCAAAGCACAUGCUGUCUCUGCUAGUACAGUAAUAGAUUCUCUCAGUGCUGUAAUGACUGGUUGCCAGGAAACUAACUCUAGCCAGUUGAAUGGCCUUGAGGAUCCCAGAGGGGAGAAAGAAUGCUCUAAAGAUAGCGCAGCUGUAGAGGAAAAACGGUUAGAUCAAGAGUCCUCUCAUGCUAACGACGUUGAAGUAGAUGUACACACUAUAGUCGAUCUCCAUAGAGUGGACAAAUCUGACCCCAACAGUAUGCCUAUGCAGAAUGCUUCAAGAGUAGAGGAGAUACGGAAUCACACAGUUGGCGAAAUGGUGAAUACAAAGAGCGAGGACGAGGCUGGUGAAUCUACCAUCCUUACUAGUGAGCAAAAUUCUGGGUAUCAAAGCCAAUCGAAACCACUCAAAGUCGAAAAUCAAGAUCAUAUAAGUACAGUUGCGCUGCAUAAUGAAAAGAAAUCUUCUGAAUCUGAGAGAAAACAACAAGAUGGUUUGAGCCUACCGCAAACUGAUAUUAAAGUUACUAGUGGGAUGGCUGACGCUUCGGACUCUGUGUCUCCUAUAACGUCUCAGGCAGCUACAGAAACCACUCCUUGCAGAAUUAGCAAAAAUUUAUUGCUUGAACCUGGCAGUACAGCACUAGAAGACGAGAAUAGUUUAGACGAUGGCUCAAGAAAGGCAGAUACUUUGAUGGAGGACACUAUCCUUGAGGAGGCACGAAUUAUAAAGGAAAAGAGACAGAGGAUUGCGGAAUUAUCUUUAAGUACCUUACCAGCGGAUGUUCGUAUGAGAUCUCAAUGGGAAUUUGUCCUUGAAGAAAUGGCAUGGCUAGCAAAUGAUUUUGCGCAGGAGCGUCUUUGGAAGAUGACUGCUGCCAUGCAGAUUUGCCACCGAGCUGCUUUUACCUCUCAGCUGAAAUUUGAGGAACGAAUUCAGCGCAGAAAUUUGAAAAGCUUAGCUUCAACCUUUGCUAAUGCUGUCUUGCAGUUCUGGAACUCUGUGGAGGUCCGUAGGGAGCAUGAGAAGACAAGCUUGGGAACUAAUACGGAGACAGUGAAGGAAUUGAAGUCCGAUAGUGGCGACAAAUUUUCAGCUUCUGGUAUCACCGAAUAUGCACGCAGAUUUUUGAAGUUUAUGAAGUCUUCUACCCCCCAUCUGCAAGCAGCAGUACCGUCGACACCUGAGCAUAUGUGUGACCCUGGCAUAGUGGAGACAUCUUGGGAUGAUCCGCUUACCGAAGAAAGCUUAUUUUAUUCAGUUCCAUCUGGUGCAAUGGAAGCCUACCGAGGGUCCAUUGAAUCUCAUCUUGUCUUGUGUGAGAAAUCCGGAAGUAGCAUGCAGGAGGAGGUUGAGACAUCAGCGUAUGAUCCGGCAGAAGAUACAGGAUACAAUGGUUACAAUGAGGAUGAUGAAGAAACGAGUAGCUACUAUAUGCCUGGAGCUCUUAGAUAUAGGAAAUCAAAUAAUUUAACCCACAAAAAAAGAAAAAACUCAAUGAAGUAUCAUUCUGCUCGGUCAUAUGAUCAUGGGGCUGAUCUGCCACAUGGUAGCUAUACUGGUGGCUCCAACCCAUUGAUGGGCAACAAGCUUGCCAGUAAUCUCAAUGCGGGUUCAGUUUUAAUGAAGCGAAUUCGCACUGCUUCCAAGCAUACGACUGUGAGUGGGGACACUAGUGCGAACACUGGUUCUUUUCAGGAUGAGCAAAGUAGUUUGAAUGGUGGAUCUGCCGUUCAGAAAGGCACUGAAGUUGAAUCUAGUCGUAAUUUUGAGAAGCAGCUACCUUGUGACAUGGCUGAAACAUCAGAAAAACCUAAGAAAAAGGGCUCUGCAUAUGAACAAUCCUGGCAUCUUGAUUUAAUGGUCCAUGGUGAAAAGGAGCACCGUAAGAAGAGACCGGAGAAACAACUCAAUAUGAAUGGUCUGCAUGAUCCGCAUAAGAAGCAAAAGACUGUCAAACAAUCACUGGAGAAUAGUUUUUACAAUACUAUUCCUUCCCCGGCAGCUUCUCAGAUGAGCAAUAUGUCCAACCCCAACAAAUUUCUUAAGUUCAUUGGGGGCCGGGACAGGGGCAGAAAAUUAAAAGGCUUAAAGAUUUCUUCUGGUCAACAUGGAUCUGAAAAUCCAUGGACACUAUUUGAGGACCAGGCGCUUAUUGUCCUGGUGCAUGACAUGGGCCCUAACUGGGAGCUCAUUACUGAUGCUUUGAAAAGCACUCUUAAAAUUAAGUGUAUAUAUCGUCAUCCAAGUGAUUGCAAGGAGCGGCAUAGGAUUCUAAUGGACAAAACUGGUGGUGAUGGGGCUGAUAGUGCAGAAGACUCAGGAAAUUCUCAGGCUUAUCCAUCCACUUUGCCUGGCAUCCCAAAGGGAAGUGCAAGACAGUUGUUUCAACGCUUGCAAGGGCCGGUGGAAGAAGAUACACUGAAGUCCCAUUUUGAGACGAUUUGUUCGAUUGGGAAGAAGUUUCAUCAAAGAUUCGUACAGAAGGAUGCUCGGGACCCUAAGCAGAUAGUACCAGUUCAUAAUUCUCAAAUUAUGGCUCUUUCUCAAGUAUUUCCAAAUAAUCUGAAUGGAAGUGUCCUCACGCCCCUUGAUCUCUGUGAUACAUCAACGUCAGGUGAAGAUGAAUUUUCACUUGAAAAUUCAGGUCUGCCAAUACUGCCUGUGUUAUCAGUGGUUCCUGCAUCUGAAGCAAAUCCUUCUAGCAACAACUUGUCAACCAGUGCGUCGGCAAGAUUCAAUAUUCCUAGAGGAUCGUUACCACCAGAGGAACAACACAGAAUCCAACAACAUAACGUCUCCGGUAGAAACCGGCAGCAGCCUUCUUUAUCAACUCCAGCAGCUGUCUCAGGACCUGAUCAUGGGCCUCGCCCACCUGGUGGAAAGGCUAUGAGUGUAAAUGGAACCCAUAGGAGCUCACCGUUGUCAAGGCCUGGUUUUCAGGGGGUGAGCUCAUUGGCAGUGCCAAACACUAGCAGUAUGCUUUCCUCUGGGAUGGGAGGAAUUUCAAAUACUGGAAAUAUUAAAUCUGUAGGAAACUCUACGUUAAGGCCUCGGGGAGCCAUGCAGCAUAUGAUGCGGAUGCAGGCUGGGAAAGGUAAUGGUCUGGGGAUUCCGGCUUUGAGUUCUGGAUUUACCAAUCAAACAAUUCCUUCCGUUCAGGCCUAUCCAGGCCAUCUUUCCCAGCAGCACCAGCUGUCGCAACAGUCGCAUGUUCUGGGAAAUUCACUUAAUCCUCCUCUCCAGAGUCCUAAUCGUGCAGCUGGGACACAGCAGCAAGCGUUUGCUAUUCGCCAAAGACAAAUGGCUCAACGAUAUUUGCAACAGCAGCAACAGUUUCCACCAGCCGGUGCUAUGCCGCCACAUGCAGUACCAUCAAGACCUCAAGUUACUCCUAUAUCUUCUCCACAAAACAGUGCUCAAUCGCAACCACUUGCGUCGUCACAGCCAUUAUCGAUGCCGUCAAAUAUGACACAGCAAUUAAAACCGCAGUUACCGGUUCAUGGUCUGGGUAGGAAUCCUCAGCCUGGUGCUUCGAAAUCAAACAAUCAUGCUGGAAAACAGCGGCAGCGACAACCCCAGCAGCAAUCUGGAAAACAACAUCCACAUCAAGGGCAACCAACUCUUGGUCAGCAGCAAAAUAAACCCUUGAAAGGAGGAAACGUCAUGCAUCAGAGUAUCUCUGUUGAUCCCUCACACUUGAAUGUUUCUACUAUGUCCCCUGAAGGUACUGAAAAAGUAGAAGCGACAGUAAAAGCUAUGCCUAGUCAGCCAUCCAACCUAGUGACUGCAGUGAACACAUAUACAGAGUCUAAACCACAGUGUUCACGUACUUCCCCAACACAGGCAAAAACAUCUCCCGCUUCUUUACCUCUUUUGUCCCGACAUCAUCAGGGGAAAUUACUUUCAGAUAAUGUCAUCCAAGACGAGAAAUCAGCAGUGGUACCAGGUAACAUCUUAUCUACCUCUAGUCUGUCUGUUACACCAGCAGUUGUACAACCCAACAGUCAACAUUUGCUGCUACACCAAAAGCAGGGCAAUCAGCCGCUACUAACAUCUCAUAGAACUGUUCAUCAAAGUCACGGCUUAUCGAAGCAGUCCCAGGCUGAAAAAUCCCAACGCGACCCACAGUCUGUCAUCAAUACCACCCAAACAGAUAGUAUUGGUGUUACAAAGGGUGUGCCUCAGGCGAGUGUUAGUUCGGUACGCACGACUACAGUUGGUUCCACUGCUGUCAUUUCUCCUCCAAAAGAAUUGGACUUACCAUCGUGCGACUCCUCGGAGAAGACCACCACCGUUGUUUCUAAACUAAGCACUUCUAUUACAAAUUCAACCGGGAGAGACCCAGUAACAGAUAUGGCGCAAGAAUUUUGCACUUUGGGUCAUGGCGACAAGGCUGUAACAGAAAGAGAAGAGCAACAGCUACGACAAUCUCCACCUUUAGUAGAAAGGACACCACAGAUAUCAGAACAAUUGAUUGUUCAAGAUCCAAAACAUAUUCCUUCUGAACAGCAGAAGCAGCAGCCUUAUCUUAAAACACUGGAAUUAGAAGCAAUCCAUGAAAACUCAACUCACAGGCCUCCUGACACCAAGGUGGAAUGA